CGUAUUAGCCAACUGGGGUUUCUCUCCAAAACCCUCCAAGAUCAACAGUCUCCAAAACAAUUCACUUCUCUAUUCGUCGGCUUUUCCAAUGCCGGAGACGAUCCUCGGUUAAGAGAUGCCAUCGACUUCGUCCCCGUCGAAUCCAUCGUCCCGUAUAAUCUGUCUUGUACGCGAAAAACAAUUCUCGCAAUAUACUUGCCCUCGGUGCAAUAUGCGUUAUUGUUCCCUUCCAUGUUACAAGGUGAGCAUGAGUUCAUGUGA